AUGGGAAAUCCAACGGACUGGGUUCGAUUCGAAAAUAUGUUCGUCAAGCAAGUUCACAGUCGACCAAUUUCGGACGGAGAUAAAUUUGGCUAUUUGUCAGAGAGGGUUCUUCCCAAGGUAAGAGAACAAAUCUCCAACCUUAAACCCGGGACACUAGGGUAUAGGAGGGCAUGGAAAAUAUUGCAAAGAGAAUACGGACAAACUAAGGUUGCUGUAAAUUCCCGUAUGGACGAAAUUAUGAAUUUAUAGCUAGUGAAAGGUACAGCUACGAUGAAGUGAGAGAAUCCUAUGAAAAGUUAAACAAACAUUUUGACGCUUUCAUACCUUGGGAGAGGCUGGCAUAUUAAAACAAUCUGUGAUGACGACGUUGAAGACAUUACCUCAAGUUAAACCCGACCUAGUGCGAGUUGACGAGAAAUGAGAGGAAUAGACCAUGAAAGAAUUGAUUGAAAGUCUGUAAAAAUGGCCUCAGAGAAACAAGAAGGACGACUCCCAGCUCUCUGACAGGGGAAACCCACGGACUAAAGAAAGGCAAUCGUAUUCUAAGACAAGAGGGAGAACAUGCGUAAACUUACAGCUCCUUCCUGCCUUUACCUGUGGAGGUGAUCACUGGGUGGAGUCCUGCGAUGUUUACAAUACCUUAGAGAAAAGGGGAAAUUUUUUCACGAAAAGAAAUUGUGUUACAACUGUGAGCGUGAGGGUCAAGGGGAAAACCACAGCCGGAGUCGCCCAUGUUCAAAGUGCAAGUCGAGACACCUCACAAGCCUGUGGGACAAAAUAUCAGUGAAAGGACAGAGUGAGAGUGUGGUGUUCACCCCAUACACCCAGGUUAUGAAGAUAGAUUCUUACCAGCUAUCAUUCCGCUGAAGUUUUAAGGCGCAACAUUGUGGGCAUAUUUGAACACGGGCUCUGGCAGGAAUUUUACAUCCUAA